UUGAAACAAAGAGAGGCGAUUUUAGCUAUUCUCAAGAAUGAAGCUCAAAAUGAGCUAUGUUGUUGCUGCUUUAUUGGUGGAUACAAUACUAGUAUUGUAUACACUACGACAUUACUGCAUCCUAGACAAGUUAUUUGUGCUGCCAGUGGAGCUAAUUCCCCAUUACUCAAGGUCCAAUAUCGCCAGACACAGAGCUACAGAUUGCAAUUUAGACAGUGGUGUUGAUUUCCACAAGAAAUUUCUCUACAUGAUCAUGACCGAAAGCUGUGUUCCUGAAGAUUUAUUAUCAAUUGAUAUAUUUGGCAACUCUUUAGAUUGUCAGUGUGACUUGCUGGUGCUAGGAUACAAGGAGAGAUGCACCACCGCCAGUACGUACAGUUCCCAUGUUACCCAUAUCUUUCAUCCAUCUACCACCUGGACUACUGGCAGAGGGAUACUGUACAAUACCACAGUGCAAGGAGAUAAAAAGUACAUGUAUUACAUUUUCAUGGAUGAUGAUGCUAAAAUAAAGCUGUAUAACGAUGUACAAGAUCAUAACAAAAAUCCUUGGAGAUCAUUUGAAGAUUUUUUGUUUCGUUUGCGGCCUCCAAUAGCGGCAAUCGAUACUGAAGAAUGGCGAUCAGUCGACCGGACAAUUCGAUUCAAAAUCAGAAAUGGUUGUUUCCAAGAGCCUAUGGAAGAGUAUGUUACAGCCGUCUUUUUUGACGGUAUGAUUAAUGCCUUCCACCACAGAGCUGCUGAGACUGUUAUGGAACCUGUUUUGCAUCAUUGGAAUCGGUUUGAUAAUGCUAGUUGGUGGUUCUCUCAGUGGUAUAUCUGUUUAAUGGGUGACAUGGCCUACCACAAUCAAAUGGUGUUCCCUGUGGAAUUCAUCACUCGGAACACUCAACACAGAUCCUAUCCAAGGCACUUUGAAACGAGGGAGAUCAUUGAUUUAAUAACACAAGACAUUGAGAAAAUAGUUCCAAUAGAAGAGUUCAGAGAAAACAAUUUAAUGCAGGAGUGGAGAUCAGGCGGGUACAAAGAUAGACAAAGUGGCUACUCUAAUGCUUGUGUGUUACCCCAUACUGCAGGAUGUGUACAUCCAUACAAACACAUUUAGUUUUGUUAUUUUGCAUUCAGACAUAAUUGUGUGCUUUAAGCCAUAUUCAUUAUGUGUGCACUUGAUGAAAACAUGUUUUUAUCUUUGUUUCAUCAGCAUUGGCACUGUGGUAGCCUAUCAGCGUAAUCAAUUUUUUGCGGAAUGUCUAGCACCCUCCCAU